UAGAGACAGCUUUACCUGAGCGAGCUUGAGGCGCGGUGCAUGCCGGGGGCGGUAGUUUCUCCACAGCUAGGCCUAAAACGGGCCCAGGCCUAGAGGGACUACAAAUCCCAGGGAGGAGCGGGCCGAGGCGAGGCGGGGGCUACGAAAAGGAGCCGGUGGUGACGGCGGGCUAUGGCUGCUUGGGGUUCGCUCUCAGACGUUGUUCCUUCUGAGGCAUGGUUAUGCCAUGUGUCUUCUUCCUAACUUUACUCGGAGCGGAAGCAACCGGCAAAUCCAUUGGCAGCUUGGAAUCUGAGCUAGAAUGUUGCAUGGACGCAAUGGAGGCCAAUACCACAUGUCUUGCCAGCAACCAAUGCAGUCCAGGCUGCUACCGGCGGUGGAAUGAAGAUGGCAGCAGUAGCUGCAUUAAAUGUGAGAAUGAAACGAUCGCCGCAACACCCGUUGACAACCUGACAGACUGCCGAAACAAUGCUGCCAGAGGAAUGAACUCCCAAACAAACUUUAGUACCAUAACCCCAGUUACACUUGGAGUCGGGGGACCAGAAGUAGCUGCUUCUCUCAUCUUCGGGACCUUCGUCAUCAGCCUCUUCCUCAUACUAUGUGUCGCUUCCUUUUUCUACCUCAAACGUGCCAAUAAACUUCCAAAUCUCUUCUAUAGAAGAAGCAAAGGAUCUGUUGUACAGUCUGCUGAAUCAGCAUCAAUGUUAUCGCCUCCUUCUUCAGUCCGGAAACCCCGCUAUGUCAGAAGGGAGCGAUCGCUCAUGACCUCCAGCACCAGCACAACCCUCUCCGCAGAGACCAGAGUCAGUAACGUGUAAGCGACCACGUGGAUGUGUAAAUACUGACCUCCAUCUCCAGCAGAGAGCCAUGAAAGGGCGGAAGAAGCCAGCUGGUCAGGGAAAGGGACUGGCGGACUUGGAAGCUUGCACAGAACCAAGAAAUGUGAACUCGGAGUUUAGCUUUAGGAGAGAGAACUUUUAGGGCAGGAGUCUGCUGGGUCUUUCUCUUUUUCCUUCCCGAAUGAUAGUAGACCUGUCAGGUUCUUCAGCAUCACCCUCGUUGGCUCCCGAUUAUUGGAACGGAGGUUGGUGCCAGGGAGCUGCGGAACUGAGCCGGCCCUUGCGGUUGACACAAAAGUGCCAUGUUUUCUUUAUUCCUUCCUCUCCAAGCACAGAUAUUUUCUUAGAGAUGGUCUGAACCCCUAGCCAGAUAUUGUGCUUCUCAUGAGGUCUCUCUUUUGUUUUUCAUUGGGUUGUGAACGAGGUUUUCAGCUCCCUGCACGGUUGCCAUCACUGAGCCAGCAAAGAGUGGUUUUGCGUCCUCUCUCUCUGUAUUUGCAAUUGAGCUGCAGAGUGUGAGAAGGUUGUACUUUUGUACCAUCUGAGCAUAUCCACCAAGUUUUGGUGUGCGUUGGGCAGCUGCUAUUAGUCAGAAAGUGUCCGAAAAGAUCGUGAGCAAGGAGCCCUCCUAGUAGCCUCCAUUCCCCAGAUACAAAUACGGUGGUUGAUCCAUUUCUUAACCCACUUUGCACUCAUUUGCUGCUCCCCAAACUGUCGCUCUGUGUCUUUUAGGCAAGGCCUGAUGUCUUUUUUGUCAGAGUAAUUCGCAGCGUAGCAGCAGUUGUAUGUUGUCAAUGGAGCGCAGAACGAAGAGACGUCAGAAACGAUGGUAAAAAAAUAUAUACAAAGCUUUACUAUACAAGACAAACAGACUUGCAGACAAACACAGGCUUGGCUUUCACUCUAGGCAGACACAAACUCAGAACAGAGCAAGAUCUCAACUUGCAGUCAGUAAUGUACAAACACACUUGAGUCUGGAUACUCCCUAGGUUCCAGCCACACAUCAAGGUCAACACAGCUUCUCAGUCAUUAACUCUUUACAGACUAUAGCAUACUCUGGAUGAUGCAACCUGUAUGCAACACAUGCCAGACACAAAUUUCAUUUAAACACUACCAAUACACAAAUCCCACAUUAACAUUUUUAGUACUUGGCAGUUUCACCGAUCGAGAUUCAAAAUCUGGUUUGCACAAAUUUCACAUCCUUUCUUCUCUAUCUCACAAAAGCUCAUCCCUACCCAUCCAAAGAGGAUAAAGGCCACAGGCGAGAUCAUGCCGUGACGUUCGGAUUUGCUCUCUGUUGUCUUUUCUUCCCUUUCUUCUCGAACUAGGUAGGGCGUCUCAAUGUUUAAUGAUUUCAGAUGCAAUAUUAAAUUGAUUUUGAAUGUUUCCUUUCUGAGCCGGGAACAUUCUCUUCUUUCUUUAGAAACAAUUAUAUUUAUAAAUAGUAGUCAUG